AACAUCACCACGCUAGUGAAUGUGCUGCUAAAGGACGACGACGGAUGACUCUGUCAUCAUCAAGAGUGAAUAGCAAUGACUGUUAAACCGUUAGACACACUCCCGCCAACAGAAACCCUAGAAAUCGAAAACGGUCUCUCGCUAGUUCCGCGCGUAAAGCUAAUCCUAACCGUCCACCCAUCGCUCUCAACCUCCGCUACUAAACCGAUCGACGAAUGGAAGCUGAAGCGCGCGCUUAUUGACUUCUUAAAGACUUCACUGCUCGUCUCCGUUCCUGAAGAAGAUCUGAAAAUCAAAGGCUACAAAGACAUAAAAAAGCGUAAACGCGACGAUGCAGUCGCGCACGGUACUCUCUGUAUUCGAGACUUGGGGCUACUUGAUAAUGAGAAGAAUGAGGAUUUGGAAGUAAAGGAGAAGAAGUUUGCAGACUGGAGAAGAUACAUUGUGGAAAAAAUGGACGGCAUUGAGUUGAAUCUAGAAGGUUAUGAGUAUAAACUUAGCGUUGCAUUGCCGGAAAGUGACGAUUUUGAGGGAAUGAGAAAAGCGUGGGAGGAUGCUUAUGCGUUUGGAAAUAGAGGGUAUUCAAGAGGAGGAGGGAGGCAAGAGCCGGAUACAAUUGUAAUGAGAGGGGUUCCGUCGAGGUGGGUUGCAGAGCCUAGGGUUUCUUCUUCCAAGCCUUCUCCAUUAGUCACUCAUACUAUUUUCUCCACAUUUGGGGAACUAAGGAAACUUGAUGUUUCAGAAGAUAAUGAUUAUGGUAAGGAUGCAGAUGAGGAUGGUGGGGACUUAAUUUCAGGUCUCCACUGCAAGAUUGUGGUUCAGUUUGAGAAACAUAGGGACUUCUACAAUACUCUUAAAGUUUUAUGUGGACGCUCGUUGCAAAAGCAAGGAUCUCGGUUGAAGGCUGAUUAUGAGGUCACCUGGGCCAAGGAGAGCUUCUUUCGGAAUUCAAGUACUCAAGCAAAAGAAAGGAAUGAUAGAAUGUCAGCAGCGGCAGGAGGGCGCUACAGAAAUGAAGCUCCUAGGCAUGACCAAUACAAUUCUCAGUUCACUUCAGAUGAUACACGCCGGAAGAGGUUCAAGGAGUAAGAAUUGUGAUAAGCAUGCUGGAAAAUUUUGUUCAGAUUGCGACUUUAGAGGUCACAAGAAGGCAAUUCUUUCAAGCUCAACGAUUGCCUUCUAGAAUUAUCCCCGUGCCCAUUUAAAGUCUAUACUAUAGUCCAGUCCAUGAUCUAACUAUACAAUAAUUCUCAAAAUUUGACCACUGAACGUGCCUGAUUUGCUUGGGAGUUUGUUUUGGACAUUAUUUAAGAUUGAUUCGCAAAUAUUUAUAAACUAUGAUAUGUGGGUUCUCAUAUCUAUUAUAAAUUAAAAUUGGAGAUCCUUGGCA